UUUUGUGCUACUGGUGUGUUUUCAUCAUCUGAAAAAAUACAAAAAAAAAAUCCACCAAGUGUACUUUUGUGAGUCAUUGAGGACUGAGAUAUAUUUGUGGAAGUAACAAAACAAGCUGUAGGUGCUAUCAGACCCUGCUGCCACAGAGAGUGUCAAAGGACUACCCACAGGAGCUCAUGCAUCUGCAUUUUUUGGGCAGAAGAGGUCCUCAAAGAGAGACUGCUGGCAGCUAUAUUAUGAUAGAAAAUGAUAUGCUAACUUGUCUUGACUCCAGAAAGUAUGGUUCAUGGACACAUGGAAGUAAUUUUUAUGAGAUAUGCUGCAAAUUUUUUUUUGUCUGAAUAGUAGAAAAAGAACUCCUGAGUCCUGAAACCUAAUUGCACUGGUGGAUGGAAGAAUAACUCAGGAAUGUUUCCUCUAGAUGCAAGGUUCGAUGAAAAGGAGAACGUAUCCAACUGCAUCCAGCUGAAGACAUCAGUUAUUAAAGGCAUUAAGAACCAGCUGAUAGAUCAGUUUCCUGGUAUUGAACCAUGGCUUAACCAAAUUAUGCCAAAAAAAGAUCCUGUCAAAAUAGUAAGAUGUCAUGAACAUAUAGAAAUCCUCACGGUAAAUGGAGAGUUACUGUUCUUCAGGCAAAGAGAAGGGACAUUUUACCCAACGCUAAGGUUACUUCACAAAUAUCCAUUUAUUUUACCACAUCAACAGGUUGAUAAAGGAGCCAUUAAAUUUGUACUCAGUGGAGCGAAUAUAAUGUGUCCUGGCCUGACCUCUCCAGGAGCAAAACUUUACCCUGCUGCUGUUGAAACAGUUGUUGCAAUAAUGGCAGAAGGAAAACAACAUGCACUGUGUGUUGGAGUCAUGAAGAUGUCAGCUGAGGACAUUGAGAAAGUCAACAAAGGGAUUGGCAUUGAAAAUAUCCAUUAUUUAAAUGAUGGCCUCUGGCAUAUGAAGACCUAUAAGUGAAGCAGAAGAAACUGUGUGACCCCAAAGGAAUGCACUUAGAGUAAAUGGACUGCUUUGUAAUUCCUUUUGUUUUUAAUGUGACUGAAUGUACAAAUUUAUUUCGUUCAGUGGCUACGCUAAAUAAAUCAAGUGAAUGCUAAAGUCCUGUUAGUGGCAAUAGUUUUCUAGACUUUAUUACAGUUCUUAAGCGUUUAUCCUAAACCCAUGUUGUCAGACUGCUUGAAGAUUAUAUCUGAUGAAAAGGUCAUAUGUGAACAGUGAAUAGAACACUUCCUGCCAGGAAGAGAGAAAGCUAACAGCUGUACAAUUUUGUGCUCUCUCCUAGCACAGUAAUUUAAAUUGGAUUUAGGAUAUAUUUAAUGCUUUUGUAUAUAAAAUUUCUAAAAUGUGUUAAUGCAUUUGCUUUUGAUAACAGGCAGUCUAGAAGGAUGAAAAGUCAAACUCACAAAACACAAACUGGAUGUUUCUAUGUUCCAUAUACUUUGUGUCAAAUUCUAAUUUAACUUAUUGUCCAACAGUAAUGGUGUGAAUAUCUUACUCAGCUGAGUGGCCAUUUUUUAAGAUACAAUUAGCUUUGUGGACUAUAAAAUAAACACUGGAUUGUGAGACAUGUGACAUCACCAGGAUACACAGGAUAUACUAUUCAAAUGAUCAGCUACCACAUGAUAUUUGAGAUCAGUUUUUUCCCUGCAUUGAAAAUCUGUAGUAACUGGGGAAACUUUAAAUGGCUACAGUGGUAAGCGCUAACAGAUCCUGUAACUAGUAGUAUUUCUGGGCCAAAUUUUAUAAAGGGUAUCAACUAGGCCUCCAUUUGUGCACCCUAUCACCUGCACAUGUGCUGUUACUACUAAUGAACAGGGACUGCAUGCACAGACUCAUCCUCUGUAUUUAAGUGAUUGUGCAUGCAGAAAGAAUGCUGUGUUGUGUGGAAACAUCUGAGGUCUCUACCACUCAUAGAAUGACCAGAGUAAUAACUCUACAUGACUCAUUGUUGGAAGGAUUUAUUAAUAUUGUAAAUCUUAUUUGUAUUUGCAGUUUUUAAUUUUGUAUCAAAUGGCUUCUGUCUCA